AUGAAAAUCCCUCAAGAAGUUCUCUCUGAAACCACUGCUUCAAGCGUCGUCAACCUUCAUCUUCUGGGAACCCAAUCUUCAAUCCGUUGUUAUCUCCAUCUCAAUUAUCAUCUGAAUCAAAACCAUCAUCAAUCACUGAAACAAGAACAAAUUUGCAUCACAAUUCUUGAGAGGAUCAUCAUCUUCGCGUCAGUUCUAGAAAACUGCAACGUCAUCACAGUUCUCUUCACAAACAUCGUCAUCAAUCUUCAUCACCCUGCUACAGCUUCACAAAAUAAUUCGCAAUAUCAACGACUCAAAGAUCGCGCAGAAGAAUAA